AUCAGAUGUAUGAAACAAUAAAAAGUCUAACAAGCGACUGCAAGGCUGUCUACGACAAUAUAAAGGGAGCYUACGAUCAGGUCCUGAAUGCUACAGAUACGAUCAAUGGACAAAUGGCAGAUAUAAAGGAACACAGAAAGGAAAUGGACGCGAGCUGGAAAUUAAUGCGAGGAAAUCUCACCGAUGACAUGUUCCUUGAGUCCAUAAGCACGACAAAGAAGGUCAUGGAAGGCGCUGCUAAUAAAAGCGAAGCAAUGUUAAAUGUUGCAAGCGGUAUCGAUAAGUUUUUGAAGAACAUCAAAACUGCAGAAGAGCAAAGUGAUACAUACAAUCAAAGCAGAGAUCUUUACAAUGUUCUUCUCAAGGUGCCAUUCGCUUUCGUCUGCUACAAAAACAAAGCCAAAAUCAUCAGAAACGUCGUCAGUGAAUGCAGCGAUGGCGUCGAAUCGCUGAACAAUCUUUUAGAGCAAGAAAGGAAACGGUUUGAUACGUCUUUAGAAAGUAUGGAACCAGGUAAUCCCAGAUACUGUAAAGACAGCAUGGGUAUCGACUAUCUACCUGACCAUAGUAUCGUACAAGCAUGGGAGGAAACAGUAAAAUUGACAGGCUAUCAAAAAGCUUGUUAUCUAAAUGGAAAAGUCAACGGUGAGAAAAUUUGCAGCGAUUAUAAAGAACACAAUAAAACUGCAAAAGAAAUUGCCUCCGACUGGGAAUUGGAUCCCAAGGGCGUCGAAGAAGCGAUUAAAUAUCUGCCCAAAGGCUUGAGUGACAACAAGAAGCUAGUGAUUUGCAACAUGCGAAAGUAUAACGUCAAACCUGAAGAUAUUGAAGCGGCCACRAAGGUCCCACAGGACGUUAUUGCAGCAAUAGAUUGCAAAGUGACGUAUGGUGCUACUUGUCUUCCUAAGAAUUUCUUUACUCGACYUGAGCCAGCACCCCAACCUGCAGAAACAGACACCAAAGUAUGAGGACUUGGAUAACAAAGUGAAAAAUCAAUCUCGACUUAAGAAUAGAAAACGAUUUACCAAAACCAAGCAAGCAUGAAAUAUAUAAAGAAAAACAAAGAUGCGAAUGUUUUUAUUUGGUAGAGUAAACGCAUACAAUCCGUGAAAUGGUUUAAAACGGUUUUAACGUUGUAAACGUAUCUCUAUCUAAACAAGCUACAACAGAAGAAGUAAUUAAAUUAAUAUACAGGUUUCAAAGCUAAGAAUGAUUCAAUCUUAGGCCGAAAAGGUCAAAGAAAAGAACAAUAAAGAAAUUAUUCCUAMGUUCUUUGGGGUCUCGGCAAAAGAAAUUUCUACGUUUUACAAAAUCAAAAAGCAUAAAUUUCGCACAAAAUCUGCACUAUGAAGCUGAGAAUCCUUCAAAAGACCAUUGCUUCUUAUGAACACCAUUUCCUAAAUUGUACAAAAUAGUACAAAGUUAAAUUUCACGGAUUAAAGCGUUCUCUCUCUACAACCAAAUGUAAAUAAAAAAAUGUUAAAAAAGUUAUAAAAGAUGUUAAUUAUAAAUAAAU